AACGUCAAAUUAAAAACAUUUUCGCACUGCAAAAUUUGCAGUGAUGAGUUUUGUCUAAAAAUCUGAUAGUUAAAUAAGAAAAGUACUUAUAAUUACUUGUCUUUUAACUUUAUUUGAAGUUUUAUACACGGUAUAAUGGCGUCUCCUUCUCCGAAAUCCCCAGAACAAAGUGAAAAGAACAAACAAUACGACCGGCAACUUCGACUGUGGGGUGACCACGGUCAGGCGGCUCUUGAAAAUGGACAUAUUUGUUUGAUAAAUGCGACAGCAUUAGGCACUGAGGUCCUCAAAUCCAUAGUUCUUCCUGGCGUUGGAGUGGUAACCAUCGUUGACGACCAUGAAGUUAAUGAAGAGGACAUUGGAAGCAAUUUUUUCUUAGAGGCCUCUAGUAAAGGACUCAAUAGAGGGUCCGAGGCGCUUAGACUCAUUCUUGAAUUAAACCCAGCUGUGCAAGGACAUGCCGUACAAGAACCUCCAGACCAGAUACUUCAGGAAAAUCCAGAUUUCUUUAAAGCAUUCAGUGUAGUCAUAGCAACAGCAAUAGGGGAAAAGACAAUCAAAGACCUCUCCCAACACCUUUGGGAUAUCAAUGUACCAUUUAUUUUGUGUAGAUCUGUUGGAUUUUUAGGAUCAUUUAGAAUACAGAUUAAAGAACAUGCCAUAAUUGAAACCCACCCUGAUAAUGAACAAACUGACUUGCGUUUGGAUGUUCCUUUCCCAGCUCUCUCUGAAUAUCUUGAUGCUUUUGACAUAGAUGCUGUUGAUUUAAAAGAUCAUGGUCACAUUCCUUGGAUUGUUAUUUUGUACAAAGCAGUUCAGAAAUGGCAAGAAACUCAUCAAAGUUGUUGGCCCAUGAGCAGGAAAGAAAAAAAUGAAGUAAAAGAAGUUGUUCAGAGUUUUAUUAGAAAGGACGAAAAUGGCAUUCCUAUCAAUGAGGAAAACUUUGAAGAAGGACUGAGAGCUAUUAACACAGCUUUACAGCCUACUUUUCUACCUCUGAAAAUUAAAGAAUUAAUUUAUAGUAGCAAUGCUACUAAUCUCACCAGAGAAAGUUCGCCAUUUUGGAUAAUGUGUUCUGCAUUAAGAGGAUUUAUUGAAGCUGAAGGGAAAGGUAAACUACCUCUCAAAGGUGUCUUACCCGACAUGACUGCGUCUACUGACCAUUAUGUGACAUUGCAGAAUAUCUAUAGAACUCAGGCAGCAUUUGAUGCUGAAAUUAUUUACAGAAAAGUGCAAGAAAUAGUUGCUCAAUUGCAUUGUGAAAGUAUAAAUGAGUCAGAUGUGAAAUUAUUUUGUAGACAUGCUCAUGAUUUACAUAUGAUUAGAGGGUCAAAUAUAGCCACUGAAUACCAAAUGGGAAAUAAUGUAGCAACCUACAUAGCUAGAUAUCUUGAAGAGCCUGAUGUUAUGAUGGUCCAUUACAUUUUGUUAAGAGCUGAAGAGAUCUUCAGACAGGAACACUGCAGGGCUCCAGGGGACUGGGAGCCAGAAGGUGACAUAGCACAAUUGAAAGCUUGUGUUUCAAAACUGCUUGGUGAUAUUUCAUGUUCUCCUUUCCCUAAAGAUGACCACAUUCAUGAAAUGUGCCGUUAUGGUGGAGCCGAGAUUCAUAGUGUAUCUGCUUUCCUAGGAGGUUGUAUAGCUCACGAAGCAAUCAAAAUUGUAACUAAACAAUACAAGCCUGUUGAUAAUAUGUUCAUUUAUGAUGGAGCUUCAACUAACACUGCUACAUUUAAAUUUUGAGAUGGAUUGUUAAGCUUAAAAUGUAUAAUAAAGAGUGUGAACUAAA